AUGAUUGCAAUUAACUAUAAUAGUAUAAAUGAUUUUUACUGGGAUAAAUAUGAUGAGUCUAAUAGUCUUUGUUGUCUUAUAACUAUGAGUAAUUUUGAAGGUAUUUAUAAUGAUCUUGAGGCAAGGAUUGAGAGAAAUGCUAAUGGAUCAAUUAUUUCAAUUAUUCCUUAUCAAGAUCUUAAUAAUACUCAAAAAAUGAAUAAGCAAACUAGACUCUCAAUCCCAAAAGAAAACCAAAUAAAAAUUCUAUCUAUAUCUUCAGAUU